GGCGGCUGCACUUUCCGGGCGCGGGUGGCUCGGGGCUCCGCGGGUGCGUCCGAGUCCAGGGCUGGCUUGGCGGAAGCGGGGAGCUGCGGAGCCGCGCGCGCCGGCGGGGCGGCCCUUGAGCUUCCCGGGCGAGUUCGGGCCGGGGUCUCCCUGAGACCCCCUUACCCUCUGACCGCUCACCCCUAAACGGACCCCGGCCCCGCGCCGCCAGAGGGAGGAAGCAGCGGCUCCAACAUGCCCAAGAAGAAGCCGACGCCCAUCCAGCUGAACCCCGCGCCCGACGGCUCGGCGGUGAACGGCACCAGCUCGGCCGAGACCAAUCUGGAGGCCUUGCAGAAGAAGCUGGAGGAGCUGGAGCUGGACGAGCAGCAGCGGAAGCGACUUGAGGCCUUUCUCACCCAGAAGCAGAAGGUGGGAGAGCUGAAGGACGAUGACUUUGAAAAGAUCAGUGAGUUGGGGGCCGGCAACGGUGGCGUGGUCUUCAAGGUCUCCCACAAGCCGUCCGGCCUGGUCAUGGCCAGGAAGCUCAUUCACCUGGAGAUCAAGCCGGCCAUCCGCAACCAGAUCAUACGGGAGCUGCAGGUCCUGCACGAGUGCAACUCGCCUUACAUCGUGGGCUUCUACGGGGCCUUCUACAGUGAUGGCGAGAUCAGCAUAUGCAUGGAGCACAUGGAUGGUGGUUCCUUGGAUCAAGUCCUCAAGAAAGCUGGACGGAUUCCUGAGCAGAUUCUGGGGAAAGUUAGCAUUGCUGUGAUCAAGGGCCUGACGUACCUGAGGGAGAAGCACAAGAUCAUGCACCGAGAUGUCAAGCCCUCCAACAUCCUGGUCAACUCGCGUGGGGAGAUAAAGCUCUGCGACUUUGGGGUCAGUGGGCAGCUCAUCGACUCCAUGGCCAACUCCUUCGUGGGCACUAGGUCCUACAUGUCGCCGGAGAGACUGCAGGGCACGCACUACUCCGUGCAGUCCGACAUCUGGAGCAUGGGGCUGUCUCUGGUGGAGAUGGCUGUGGGCCGCUACCCCAUCCCGCCACCUGACGCCAAGGAGCUGGAGCUGCUGUUCGGGUGCCAGGUGGAGGGAGAGGCAGCCGAGACCCCGGCCAGGCCUCGGACCCCUGGCAGGCCCCUCAGCUCGUACGGCAUGGACAGCCGGCCUCCCAUGGCGAUUUUUGAGCUGUUGGAUUACAUCGUCAAUGAGCCUCCUCCGAAACUGCCCAGUGCAGUCUUCAGCCUGGAGUUUCAAGAUUUUGUGAAUAAAUGCUUGAUAAAGAACCCUGCCGAGAGAGCGGAUCUAAAGCAGCUUAUGGUUCAUGCUUUCAUCAAGAGAUCGGACGCUGAGGAAGUAGAUUUUGCAGGUUGGCUAUGCUCCACCAUCGGCCUGAAUCAGCCCAGCACACCGACCCACGCGGCUGGUGUGUGAGCGCGGCCCCUGCCCUUCGAUGUGCGUGCUGCUUUCGGGUCUCUUCCCCAUGCCCGUCUCUGUUCAGGCGUACAUUUCACCUGUGACAAAGGAUGAAGAACACAGCAUGUGCCAAAUCUCUUGGUGUCACUCUGUCGCUGUCUCUCCUUAAUACUGUUGUGACUCCCCUGAGUGGAUUGGCUUUGUGCUUGGGGCUGUUUAUGAGUUUGUGGGUGAUCAAAACAUGUGCCAGGCUCAGCUGCAGUGAACCCUCUGGUGACCCCCGGCUCCAGGACUCCCCGACACUUGGUGGCACUCCCCCUUGCGGGCAGGACGCCCCAGGCCCAUUCCCAGGCAGUGCAUGUGAAGCAUGCUUUGCUGCUAUGAAGCGAGCACCAGGAAGUGCACAUCGCAUUACUUUUCUUACCGGGUGGCUUUGUUUUUGGGUUUUUUUUCCUUUGCUCUUGAUGUAGAACUCCCCAGUUUCCAUCAGACUACCCAGAGCCCCUCACUGCCAGGAUAGCUGGGGCUUCACCAGUCUGUCUACCGUGGGGAUGCGUAGACUGCUGGCUGUGUUUCUAUAUUUAUUUUUUAAAUACACUGUGUGGGAUAUUUAGUGGUAAAUGUCUCCAAGAUUGGAGUACUGUUUCUAAAACGGUGGAGUUAUUUUGAAUGUUGCAAAUGGAUCAAGGCAUUAAAGUAUGUCAGAUUUCUCUUUCCUCCCAAUCUCAGUACCUAUGCUAUUGUAAACAGCCAUGUGUAUAGUGCCUAUAAAUUGUAUGGAAGUCCUUUUAACCAUUUUAAUCCAGAUGUUUAACAAAAUCAAAUCUCUUAUUCUAAUAAAUACACUAUCACAUUGA